AUGCCGCUCCACGAGGACAUGCUCCGGGAGAUCCUCCUCCGCCUCCCGCCACAGCCAUCCUCCCUGCUGCGCGCCUCGGUGGUCUGCAAGCACUGGCGAGGCCUCGUCACCGACCCUCGGUUCCUCCGCCGCUUCCGCACCCACCAAGGGAAGCCGCCCCUCAUCGGCGUCUUCGAGGCCCGCAGCCACGUCAACGGCAUCAAUUUCAGGUCCAUCUUAGACCCUCCAGACCGCAUUCCUCCGGAGCGCUUCGACGUGCAACGUCAAAUUGACGGCCGCACUGGGAUCCGUCUGCUCGGGUGCCGCCACGGUCGCGUCCUCCUCUUGGACCUGAAGCGGCAUAAGCUCAUUGUGUGCGACCCCAUCACCAGCGAGCACCAAUGCUUUGCCGCUCCACCAGUGUUCAGAGGGUUAUCGAUCUAUGGCGCUGUGCUCUGCGCUGCCGCAGACCAGGGCCACGUGCACGGCAGCUGCCACUCGAGCUCAUUCAAGGUUGUCUUGAUGUCCCUCGGUGGAGACGGAGACGAAGACGAGUACAACAAUACUACACCCAUCGCUUGUGUAUACUCAUCGGAGACUGGCGUUUGGGGCAAUAUCAUCGCAGCAGCGGAUCAAUGUGAGCUUGCGGAUAGUAAUCCUGGAAUCCUUGUUGGCAAUGUCCUUUACUGGUCAUCUAAGAGUGUGAGUAACACAACUAUUUUUAUUGAUGAUCUCACGGACGACAUUGUUGAGUUUGAUUUGGAUAGGCCGAGUCUAGCUGUGAUCAAGGGUCCUCCAUGUCUUAAUUUCUCCCUCAGACAUCAGAUAAUCAGGGCAGAGGAUGAUGCUCUUGGUCUUGCUAUAUUUUCGCACUGUAGAUUCGAAGUGUGGCAGAGGAUGGUCAAUUGUCAUGGUGGUACUACAUGGUUGCUGCACAACGCCUUUGAAACACAUACUCUUCUUGGACUCCCUCCUCGGAUUAGAGGGAUGAAAAUACUCGGGUAUGAUGAGGAUAAGGAUGCAAUUUUUCUAUUUGUGGACGCCAAUGUCUACAUGGUUCAACUUCUGUCCAUGCAAUUCAGAAGACUUUAUGAAAGCUGUUAUCCCAUCAACUGUCAUCCUUUUGCAAGUUUCUAUGCAGCAGACAUUGCAAUUCCCGAGGGACGCAAUGGAGUUGGAAUAUUGCACGGUGCAUAGAAAUAUAGAAUGAUUGUCGGUCUCAUGUGCUGAGCUGUUGGAAUUUUUCAACAGGU